AUGCGAGGCGUGUCUGCUUCAGCGGCUAUUGCUGUUGAGUGGACAUUACUUGGCGUCUGCCUGGCGUUGAUCCUUGCUCGUCUUUAUCUUCGGCUACAUCUGCAGCAUAAAAAGCUGAUCCUCAGUGAUUAUCUUAUCUGCCUUGCAUGGCUCAGCGGCACAGCGGAAGCCGCACUCGACAUUGAAUUGAAGAAGCUUGGAUGGCUCGACUCAGGUUCUACCUGGUCUAACUUUGUUGAUAACACAAACAACCUUAGGUUGACGGAAAAGGCGAGAACAUGA